AUGGACGAACAGAGAAGGAGACCACUUAAAGAAAUUUCUAAUACUAUAGUAGACUGGGACAGCUUUUCUAAAGAUGUUCUUGUAGUAGAAGGUCCGAGGAGCGACCAUAAAGAUCGGUAUAAAGGUGAACUUGAUGUUCCGACUACAGAACAUCUCCUGGACGGGAUGUUUUCCGGUGAGAUUGAAAUAAUACAGCUAUUAAGCCAAGAUAUUAUCCAUACACUUCCUGCGGUCGCAAAUAUACUGGUUGAUAGAUGGCGGUUAAGAAAGCUUUUAUCUAACAGUAACUACAGACACAGUACAAGAAAAGUAAACAAAGCAAACAUUGAAAUCAAGCCCUAUGACUUCAACAAGGCUAAAAUAACCAUCAGUCAGCUUGACCGCAUUGCAUUUGCAAUCCUUGAAGAAGUCAAGGAGGUCUCCAUUGUCUUGCCGCGCCCAGUUUUCUACCAGUUCCAACAAGGUUUCUUUCAAUUCCAAUCGCCUUGUAUCGCAUACGACGGAAAUAUACGGUUUUCCAUAACAACUAUCAGUUCAUUUGCGCACGACAUGCACCUCCUGCUAACAUCAGCGCUUUAUUCCUUACGCAGUGAUUACGCAGUGCAAUCUCCUCCGCGCAUUGUUGAAAGUGCAAUACAACACACUCCCGUCUCCUACGGUUCAGAAGUAGUCACAGAAGAGCUAGAACUCAACAAACUACAAAUAUCAUUCCUUAUUGGAGAAAAUGGUUCUCGAAUUGAACAUAUAAAGCAGAUGUCUUUCGCUGUGAUAAAGGUCCUACCAAUUAAGAACAAACUACACACUCAUGACAUUAGGAAUCCAGAAUCAGUAAAUCAAACCCUAGCCAUAACUGGCUAUUUACUAUGCGUAACAAGGGCCCUGGCAAUUAUAAAGGCCUAUCUAGAUCUCUACAGGAUGAAUAUUAAACGCAAGUUCUAG